AUGCCCAACGAGAACUUCAUUUCGCGACUGAACGAUGACGUUCUGUUAGAAAUAUUUCUCCAUGUUUGUGGAGAAAAGCCCCUCAAUGCGUAUCCUAAAAAUGCGUAUCCCGCAUUGCGACUGUCCCUCGUCUGCUCAUGUUGGCGUGCGGUGUCGCUGUACUCCCGUCGCCUGUGGACGAAUAUCACUAUCCUUUCGUCAACUAAAGCGCUGAGGAACGGCGCACCAGGACCCGUCGAGCGUGCUCAACAUGCCACGAUACAGGAAGAGAUCACGAAUCUCUAUAUACAGCGUUCGCAGGGCUUGUUAAUCAGCAUUUUCGUAUGCAAGACCACGAUACCUUUGCCGUUGAAAGGUCCUCCUCCCUCUGAUUGGGUGUUCCCAAUGAGUGAUAGGCAGAUUGACCUGCUCUGUCAAGCUGCCGGCUGGAAGGAGAUUCAUGUGUUAAGUAGGGAUGUUUGGUGGUUUGGGCAAGAGCAAAGUCUGCGCUGUUUGUUGGAAACAGGAGCUCGGUGUCUGAAGGCGCUUCCUAACUUUCGCAACCUCUAUCUCCACGGUUAUGAAUGCUGUUAUGGCCUCGAGAAUGGGUCACCAUCCCCUGAUUUCCCUUUCGACAAAAUUCGCUCAUUGACCUUUAAUGGUUCUCCCACUCGAGGCGAUAUCGAAGGUGGUCACGGCAGCAUUGUCGCGAUACGACGCGCUCUUCAGCGUUUCCCGUAUGUCCGGGACGUUAUACUCUCAGUUCCGCGCGGCGAUCUCCACGAAUACGGCUUCUUACCGGCACUUUCUUUAUCCCUUCUAACUUCCUUGACUCUCUGGGUUGACUACACCUGCCAGAGCAAAGUGAAGUACUAUUUAUCCGACCUCUCUUUACCAUGCCUGCGUUCUUUCACCCUAAAAUACGUCAACAACAUCAUCCAGUACCCCCUCGUAGCGAAAAUCGUGAGCGAUGUCCUCGGCACGUGCUCCCAGUCUCUUCGUUCAUUCACGUUGGAGAAAGUUCCCAUUCGGGCUUCAAGUUUGAUUGACAUUCUCUCGGUCGUUCCUGUUUCCCAGGCGUUAGCCAACUAUAUUGAGGCUAAUCCCGCAUUCCUUCCAGACCUCGAGGCGGUGGAAUUCAUUUGGCAACGAGAGGAUACCGGACGCAAGCUAGAAAAGGCGCUCAUGGAUAUGGUCGAGACACGUAGAGCUUGCGGGAGGCUCAGGGAUGCGACGAUUGGGCGACUCAAUCCAUACGAGGAAUUAAGUGUGGAUACUAAUCAUCGACUGGCAGUCUUGAAGCGAGGUUAA